AUAUGUCACUCAUACAAGCAUAGUAGGCGUUCACCUACACGAGCUUAGACUGUGUAUUAGGAACGUGCCUCUUUCAUAAUAUAUUUGAUCGACAGUGUCUGAGUUGUUACAAAGCCGAACUUAUUAUCUCUUCCAGUUAGUAGUUCCAAAUCCGCAAUUAGUACAAAAAUAUCCGUUUCCAUAGUUUUAUUUCAUGAGUAACUAUCGCGCUAACCGAAAACAUUACUGUAACCGGUCAUUUUAAAAUUAGUUGCUAGUCAGCAACCCUAAAAGACGCCGGCGCAUCCACAUUAGCCUCGGCAAACAUGUAAACUGCAAACAAAGCAAAACCCAUUAGCGCACCUAACAAGGACUGCAAAAUUAUUCUCCGCACCAGCAUAAUAAAUCAACCUAGCUUACUAGAUAAGGAGUUCUAGGAGGGUGAGACCGGUUCCCGUGCGAGGGUAUAUAACCGGGGGCUGGAGGUCCCGAGCCCAUUCCCGUGCUCCCUUCUGAAGAACCAUGUGGCGGCUGUGCUUGCUGGCUCUGAUCGCGACUGCGUCGGCGCAGAUCCCGUCGCUAGGAUGGUGCCCUGAUUAUCAGCCCAUGGCCAACUUCAACAUGAACCGAUUCCUGGGCACCUGGUACGAAGCGGAGCGGUACUUCACAGUCAGCGAGCUGGGCAGCCGCUGCGUCACCACCAAGUAUGAGCAGACCCCGGAGGGCAGGAUCCUGGUGUCAAACGAGAUCACCAACUCACUCACGGGAAUGAAACGCGUGAUGGACGGGCACUUACAAGUGAUCGGGCGUGAAGGCGAAGGCCGCAUCAUCGUGAAAUACUCCUCGCUGCCUGUGCCCUUCGACAACGAAUUCAGCAUCUUGGACACAGAUUAUGACAACUAUGCUGUCAUGUGGUCUUGCAGUGGCAUUGGCCCUGUGCAUACACAAAACGCAUGGGUGCUGACCCGUGACCGCCUAGCCAACAUGCAAAUCAUGCAAGCCGCGUAUGGCGUGCUCGACCGCUUCAAGAUCUCCCGGGCUUUCUUCCUGAAGACCAACCAGGCUGACUGCAACGUCUUCCCGGACCCGGCUGCUGAUCCUAUUGCCGCAAAGUCAGCUGUUGUGGAUGUUGUUGCUAAGAACGUGCCUGAAGUCGCGGAGAAGAUUGUUGAGAAGAGAGAGAAAAAAGCAUUGGACCCCGAAGUGAAGUUAGACGUCCCACAAGAAAAAGCAAUAGCUCCUCUAAAGCUGGAAGAAGAAAAAAAGCCCCUGCAAGUCCCAGAACUCAUCCUGUCCGAAUCAGCUGAAAAACUAGACCAGAAGAUGGAGAAACUCGGAGAGCCACUGAAAGACCUGAAGCCUGAAAUCCCUGAAUUGCUCGAAAAGAAAGAAGAAAAGCUUCCCCAAUAAUUUCCUAACGUUCUGAACAUAGUGAUAGAUGCGUGUGAGGCUUAGUAGUAACAGGUAUUAUGGGCUACUGUACCAAAUAAGUCAUAAAACCAGGGAGAGAGUAAUUCUGACCGGCCAGUCCUGUGCUGAAUCACCAGAUAAACAAUUUGAUUGUUUUUUUUUAACAUCGUCUUUUGUUUUACUCAACUUAGCGACAUAGCCACGAGUUGAAGCAAAAUCUUUUGGUAGGAUGUUUAUGUUAAAAGAACCAAUCUGAGUAGAUAUUUCUCACGUAAAAUUGUUUCUUCUGGUAGUAGUUCCUUGAGCUAGGGCUGUGUCUUAGAAUCAUGGUUUGUUUGAUCGCUGAACUGUGAAUCAGUUAGUUAACAACAUAGUCAUUAAAAUUGUAAUAAGGGAUUUUGAAAGUCAACGCUAAAAUAAAAAUAAAGUAAAA